UAGAAUGCAAGGUUAUCAAAGGAAUUUUGAAGAUGAACAAAGGGAUCAGAAGGAGGAGGAGACGAUAGUGGUGGACCUUGUACCCUCUCAGUAUCAACUCAGUCCUCCGGAAAGUCCGCCGCCGGGGAAUAUGCCAAAAACACCUGAAAAAGAUUCACCAUCGCAGAACCAAUCAUUGUCCUCAAUGGACCCAAAUAUCAGAAGGUACAGGACGGCUUUCACUAGGGAACAGUUAUCGAGAUUAGAGAAAGAAUUUCACAGAGAGAAUUACGUGAGCAGGCCAAGGAGGUGUGAAUUAGCCGCACAAUUACACCUGCCGGAAUCCACAAUCAAGGUUUGGUUUCAAAAUCGUCGAAUGAAAGAUAAACGUCAAAGGAUGGCAAUGGCAUGGCCCUACGCCAUGUACACGGACCCAGCGCUCGCAGCGACUCUCCUGGCCGCGGCGACGGCGUCCUUGCCACCGCCCCCUUACCACGGGCCACCGGGCAUACCACCGACCCACCUGGCCCCGAGUUACCCCGCGGCUGCAGCUGCGGCUUACUACGCGGCGAGGUACACGCCGUACCCAUCGCCGGUCACGGGCACGGGUUCGUCGGCCCUCCACAGGCCCCAUCCGCGCACAGCGGCCGCUUAUCCGGCGCACCCUCACAUACUUCAACCUCAUCCAUCGCUCCAACCCCUGCAUUUAUCCGGCCUGGGCGUUCCCACGGUCGGGAACACCGCCUUCCAGAUGAACAGCCCACCCUCGAGCGCCUCCACCACCUAUAGACCGACCUUGCACUCGGAGAUGAGUCCGGUCCAUUCCGACGCGUCGAGCGACUGCGACUGCGUCGGGACGCAACCACACCACAACGGACAGCAGCACAUGGAUGGGAAGAGCCCGUCACCCAAUAUAACUCACGCCAACCAACAAAUAUCAUCCAAAGUACAGCCAACGGGAAUCAGUAUCAACGGUUUGCCGAGCAGCAUUCAAACAAUCGGUGUAUUCGAAGGAAAGAAUUCGUACAGUGCUAUAAUGGCAUCGCCCACCAAAAUGGAACCACCCAAGUUAUUCCAGCCAUACAAGAACGAUAUAUCCGAGAGGGCGUAA